AUGGUCACAAAGGCACUCCAAAAUGUCAACAGAGAAGUCAUUAGAGACAUGUUACUAAACAAAUUUAUACCAGCUGUUGUUUCAAAUUGGCCUGAGAGUCUACCUAAAAAUGUCAUUAUUCAGUGGGAUAAUGCAAUGCCACAUCAAAUACCAAGAUAUGAAGAGUUUAUGGCAACAAGAACAGCAAAUGGCUUCAACAUACAAUUUGUUUUCCAACCAGCACAAUCACCAGACUUAAAUGUUUUGGAUUUAGUCCUUUUUAGGUCUAUUCAGUCAUUACAAUAUCAGUCUUUCCCAAAGAAUCUAGAUGAACUUGUUGAGAAAGUAAUUGAAUCUUACAACACAUUCAAACCAGAAGUGAACAAGUACAUUUCGGUCACAUUACAAAGAUUCAUGAUCAAAAUACUCAAGGCACAAGGAGGGAACAAGUACAAUAUCCCACACAUGAACAACAAAAAACUUGAAAAUAUGGGCAUCCUGCCAGAUAAAGUCAAGGUACAGAAGGAAGUAGUGCUUGAGGCUAUUGAGUACCUAAACACAAUGUUUAGGCCAACUCCUUAA